CACCUCCCUCCUCUUCGCCGUUUUGCGCUACGUGCCUUGUGACGUCAGAGGGCGGGCGCAAAGAGGGAUACGGAAGCUGAGAGGGGCCAGACACUUCUGUCGCUCCGGAGGCUGGGAGGAGGCAAGAUGGUUUACAUCUCGAAUGGACAAGUGUUGGACAGCCGGAGUCAGUCCCCAUGGAGAUUAUCUUUUAUAACGGAUUUCUUCUGGGGAAUAGCUGAGUUCGUGGUUUUGUUUUUCAGAACUCUGCUUCAGCAAGAUGUGAAAACGAGAAGAGGCUAUGGAAGCUCAUCUGACUCCAGAUACGAUGAUGGAAGAGGGCCACCAGGAAACCCCCCCAGAAGAAUGGGUCGAAUUAAUCAUCUGCGUGGCCCGAAUCCUCCUCCAAUGGCUGGAGGAUGAGGAAGGUAA